GAGUACCGCCGCACUGUAUCAUACAUACCGUGCCUCUCUCAAUCUCGCAAUCGACAAUUCACCGUCCCACCUAGACCACAUACAUCACGCCCCAUCCCCACCAGCUUCAAUUCAAUUCAAUUCAAUCCAUCCAUCCAUCUCACUCAUCCACAUCCACACGGUAAUUCGAGAAUAAUCACCCACUCAGUUCGACAUCCCUACGCGAAAAAGAAAAAGAAGAAGAAAAAAAACAAAAACUACCAUACUUGACCACCCAUCACCACAUAAAUACUAACGGGUAACCACAAACCCCCCCGACCGACCGACCGACCGAUAGAUAGAUUCCUGGAACGCAAUGACGGCUUCAACGACUCAGCUUGUCAAACGUAAACCGGAGUCUGAAGGUCUUUUGAAUGAAAAGGUUCUACCCGUCACCCUUCUUCUUCUUCUUCUUCACCCUGUCGGUUUCUUCUUCUAACGUGUGCCGCAACGCAAUAGUGGGAUCACUGCCUUGCGAACCUCCUCGUAAAGUCCACCCUCGGCGCUGGCUUCGGCAUCAUAUUUUCCGUCCUCCUGUUUAAGCGUCGUGCAUGGCCGGCAUGGGUUGGUGUCGGCUUCGGUGCUGGUAGGGGGUAUGCUGAGUGUGAUCGGGAGUUUAAAGGUGCGGCGGGUGGCGUGUCGAGGGCUGUUGGGGAAAGGCUGAGGAGGGAUUGAUGAGGUUUUCUUCUCUUUUUUCUUUUUCUUUUUUUCUUUUUCUUUCUCUUUCGCAAAAGCUGCCGUAAUAGACUUUGGGAGGCGGGGGGGGGGGGGUGUUAGAUUGAUGGGGGUGUAUGGAAAGUGAUUGUUGAUGAUAGGAGGUUGUUCUCUGCUCUCUCCCUAUUCCUGCGUGCUUGGUUUGA